AUGGGUUUCUCUACACGUAGCCCGAUGUGGGCGAUAGCCUUGAUGGUCUACACUUGUGUGUUAUAUUUUAUCUUUACAUCUAUGAGAGCAUCCACCUGGUCAAAUCCUCGCCUAGUUGACGAUGAGCCUCAGAACCUAGCACCACCAAUCAUUGAACAAAUCGAAGAAAUUCCAGAAGAGUGCAGCACAGAAUCAGUACAGCGAAAUAUAGACCACAAUCACGGAAAUGCACAUGUCCAAUUUUGGCGUUAUCUCUCAAAAGACGUUAUUUUGUCUUAUCAAAAGCAGUGGCAGGACUUCAUUGCCAAGGAAAAAGCAAAGCCAGAUGUCGGACAAUUCAAGGGUCGUGGAAUCGUACUAGUAGCGGGAAACGUCGAUACCUUUGGUCGAGCGACAACAACAAUCCGUAUAUUAAAGGAGUUUCACCACUGUACGCUUCCAAUCGAAGUGUGGCACUUGCCUGAUGAAAUACCAUCCCCAGAAAUCGUAACCGAACUUGCACGUCUUGGAGCUGUUUCCCGGAGCUUUGGCGAGGAGAAUCUAGUACGACCUGUGCAACAACGAAGAGACGCCGACAAGCAAUUCCAGAUUAAGGCAGCUGCUAUCAUUAAUUCGAGAUUCAAUGAAGUUCUUUACCUUGACUCUGACAACGUACCAGCAAUUGACCCGACCUUUUUAUUUGAUUCGCCAGAUUACAAGAGAACCGGUGCUAUGUUCUGGCCUGAUUUCUGGAAGACAAGUGGAGAAAAUAUUAUAUUUCCUAUUCUUAAUAUUCCUUGUAAAGAUGAGUGGGAACAAGAAUCUGGGCAAAUUGUGAUCAACAAGGCCAAGGCUUGGCUUCCACUACAGCUUUCGUGGUACAUGCAAAACAACCAUGAAAUAUAUUUUCAGCUUCUCAACGGUGAUAAGGACACAUUCCAAUACGCAUGGAAGGCUCUUGAUGCACCAUUCUAUAUGGUUCCUACUUUUCUUGGCAUGGGAGGAGGAAUGGUCGAUGGUCGAUUUUGUGGUCACACAAUGUUACAGUAUUAUCCAGAUGGAGACGAAGACAAACUCCUAUUUAUUCACGCCAACAUGAUGAAGGUUACAGAUAAGUCGAGGUUUAUGCAAAAAAACAGAAUCGGACAAGAGGUCGAGCGACCAUGGCAAUUGGCAAAAAGAUAUACAAUGAGCCGCGGCAACAAGUGGCUUCAGCCUGGAUUUUACGUAUCCUCUACAAAUCAGCCAUGUAUGGACUUUACACAUCUGAAGGGAGAACCAGAAUGUGCUGUAGAAUCUUUUGACAAGGUUGCACCUGGUGUCCAAGAUGCUUACUUUGCUAUGGGUGGUAUUGGUGGACGCUCAUGAUUUUAGAGGGUGGGGUUUACAGGUAGACGUAUGCUGUUGCCCAUCAAUAUUUGUUUAUGAAUUAUUAUCUUUUUCGUUAAAUUCAAGAGAAUACUCUUUACAGUAAUUAUAACCAGCUUGAAUUUACGACCACUUUGUACACAUUGAAAAAAGAAAAAGAAAAAAGAAAAAUGGAGUACUGACAAGCAUUGUAGAAUACAUAUGUGAAAAACUCAAUAAAUAAAGACAUUCAUAUCUCUU